AUGCCACUUGAAGAGAAACUAACAGAGCAUGAAAUUACUCAACAUCAACAGGCCAACAUAAAUAAUUCGGAUGAUGACCAGCGAACGCCGAUGCAUCGGAGAGAUGAGGAUACAAUGAAAGUGGAAAAAGAAAACGAAAUGAAGCGAACACCUGAUGGCCCAAUCUUAUGCCCAAGAAUUAUGCAGAUACUUAAUUCAGUCCAUAAGAAACCGGCGACUCCUGAUUACACCAGAAUAUCGCAUCAUCGUACAUGCCAGCAAAGUACUUGUCGUUUUCUUCGCUUCACGAAUAAGGAGCCUCCAAAGGGCCCUUUUUUCAUAAGUUUCAAGAAGAAGCCAGCAGUGAUCGAGACAAAUUAUUACGAUGAAAGAUGUCGCAUGAGCUUCUUUGACCAGGCAUUCUCGAAUCCACGAUGUAUCGGAAAAGGGUCAUUUGGUGAGGUUUUCAAAGCAUUCAGCAAGGAUGAUAAGCGUUGUUAUGCUGUUAAAAUUACCGUGGAGCCAUUUCACAGCCCAACAGAUCGUGAGGAUAAAUUGAGAGAAGUUCAGAAACAUGAAUUACUUCCAAAACAUCCAAAUCUUAUUUCGUAUGUGCGAGCAUGGGAAGAAUAUGGUUUUUUAUAUAUACAAACGGAGCUUUGUCAAUGCAGCCUCCUGGAUUAUAAGAUGAAGGUGGGGAUUAUUCCCGAGAGAGACUUAUGGCUUUUUUUCGGCGAUAUCGCGUUGGCAGUACGCUACUUGCAUAAUCAUGAUCUUCUGCAUCUGGAUAUUAAACCGCAGAAUAUUAUGGUUUCUUUUGAUGGGACUUGUAAACUCGGUGAUUUCUCAUUAAUUAUUGAUAUACAGAAGGAUUCGAAAGAGGAAGAAGGCGAUGGAAAAUAUCUGGCACCUGAAGUCUUGCAGAAUGGAGCUCAUAAACCAAGUGACAUAUUUUCGCUUGGAAUGACAAUGAUUGAUAUUUGUACUGAUCUUGAAUUGCCCUCGACGGGAGAUCUUUGGCAGGGAUUUCGGUGCAAAAGGAUUUGUCAUGAAUUUAUCAAAGACGUUCCACGCGCUCUACUGGAUGUCAUCCUGCGUCUUCUAGAAACAGAUCCUAGCAAAAGACCUACUGCUGAGGAAAUUUGCCGUAUUCCAUUAUUAUCGAAAUGCAUCUAUGAACGCCAGUACAAGUAUCUUGAACGUAAUAUGUGGUGGAUAGUGUUGACAAUUGGUUAUUCCUCUCUUUUUGCAUCUUCGUUUAUUGUACAACCGACACGUAGCACAAUGAUGCAUGCAGUAACUUAUCUAAAAAGAAUGCACUUAUUUCGUCGUCGAUGUUGUGCAUUUCGUCAUAUCUUCAGAGCUACAUCUGAUGAGUCUCCGAUGUUUAAAAAUGGAAUUAUUCCUCGGGUCACUGACUCUACACGGUUGGAACUAAGAUUUGAGGAAGAUGAUGAGGAUUACAAAUACGAUGACGCUGGAACUGAGAGCGGUGAUAAAAUGGAGAUGAGUCAAAGUGAAAAUGAGCUGAUUAAUGUAAUGGAAACAACUGUAAACGAAGAGCCACAUUUCGAUCAAAUUGAAGAAAAUUCAAGAAUGGAUGUUGAUGCCUCUUGUCCAAAUAGUAUGAAAAAUGUUCAUGAAUUUAAGCGAAAUGAUCUUGCUGAGGAUACAAAUGGUUUAACUAAUUUAUUUCGUAAUGAAGUCACUUUCUGUCGAUUUGGAACAGGAGAUAGUCUUUUUGAAAGAAAUGACUGCGACACUUUACACAAAGAUUAUACUCCAAGCGAAAAGAUCUCUAACAGGGCGAACGAAUUUGAACGACAAUUUUCCAAAUUAAGGCAUAUUAUCGCUGCUUGUGAUGAAGAUUAUGAACUGCCUAGUAUAUCAGGAAGUAUUUCUGACAGACCAAAAUCUCCAGAGCCGGCAUCAUCAGACGAAGAAUCUCCUUUGCGUGAUGGUUACAAAACACCACCAAGUAAUGCAACAUCUUCAUCCUUAGUAUGUAAAACACCAGCACGAGGACGAUUUGAUGAUUUGGCUGAGCAAAGAUUACGUCAUUACUUCUGGUGGCAGGAGUCGCUUAGAUCACCUACUAGGAUAACUCAUCAGGAAGCAGUAGAUGCUACAGCCUCAAGAAAUGAUACAUCGCCAGAAGUACCAUAUGAAAAGCAGCUGUCAGGAUCAGAAGAGGGAUUAGCCCAAUCUUCUGGUGAUUCUGCUCGUCGAAGAGCCUAUUUUCAUAUGCGUGAACCAUCACCACCAGCAAAACGAGUUCAGACUGGUAAUGAAGAGGGUAAUGGUGAUAAUGAGGAUCAGAUAGAUGUUCCAGAGGUCAAGAAAUCAGAUACAGAUGAAAAAUGA